UCACAAGGUACUUACUGAGCUGCAUUUUUCACAGUGCGAACUUCGAAGUAUAACUUGAAGUUACUCUCCAAAUCUCGUCUGGCGGCCCGGACCGGUAACAUCUCCUCUUGGCUCCAAUAUUGCGCUGCGCUUGACCUUUCGCUGUGAGAUGUCCUGGAAUUUCACUCGGAUGGGCCACACACUGAGAGCUACAACACUGGUACAGCUCCCACCAGAGCUUCUGUACCUUAUACUGUCACCCCUUGACUCAUACGACCUAGUACGGGUACGACAGACCUGCAAAGCGCUGAAAGUGAUGAUCGACAAUUCGGAGACGCUACAAUAUGUCAUCGACCUCAGCUACUUCCAAAUGAUUCCAAUAGGAACCUCCAAAAUGGAUGUCCCACCGGCUACAUGUCGCAAACGACUGAGACAGCAUGAUGCUGCAUGGCAACGCUUCGAGUACAAGCAGAAGUGCACGCUCCCAUCAAUAAUGCUGGGACCUAUAUUUGAAUUUUUGGGUGGUGUAUACGGCUCUGCUGGGGAGGACUGCAUCCACUUUACGCGUCUACCAUCCACGACUGAUUCCGAUGAUCUACAUUGCUGGAGUCACCCUGUUGAUGCUACGACCUCGGUGGACUUUACUUUCUGUGCUGCGCAAGAUCUACUUGUCGUGGUGGCAUAUUCACCAGACCCCCGGACUCAUGCAUACGAUAUCCAUCUGAGGUCGCUGACAACGAACGACGUUCACACCGGUGCGGCGCAGCCAAUCCUGAAGGCACUCGACAAGGAUCUCAUUGACCGCGAAAUAAUACAAUCCACCGGCCAUGUGAAUGUCCAAAUCAUGGGGAACUACAUUAGUAUGCUGCUGUGGAAUAUUGUGGCAAAUGAGGGCAUAGUCGGAGACUAUAUGCAAAUGUGGGACUGGAAAUCCAAGAAUGGGUACCAGUUCGUUCUUUGGUUUCACCGUGGUAUCAACGACUGCUCCUUCAUUGCAGAGGAUAAAUUCCUCGUGAUUGACUCCCUCGGGACCGUGGAGAUAUAUGAUGUUGCCGACAAAUCAAAGCCCCCUCAAUGCACCGCGAAACUCUCUUUGCCUUCUCUCAUGAAUCACGUUUCAUACACAGAGGCAUUCACGGGCGAAAAUAUAAUUCCUGGCUCCAUGGCUCCAUAUUCUCGAAAGUCCUAUCAACCUUCAUGCUCAUUUCACCCGAGUACGAAUGAUCAACUCAUAGCCAUUCAUGUCUCCGUCACUGGGACAAUGGAUACGAACACAAUCGAUUUCCACCGCUAUAGCUUCUUUAUCCUGUGCAGCGCCAUUCUGGAACUCGAAAGUUUAUUCGCCAGGACUUACGGCCAACCGACCUUGAAUGGUCCCAAGUUGCUUUGGUCAACGUGGGGGCCGCAGCAUACGACGUGGUUCCGGGUUCAAAGGAAUGAGGACUGGCAGUCCUCACUCUAUGGUUUCCGUGUUGUUGAGCCCAUCAACGACCCUUCUGAAGUGUCACGGGAGCCCCGACGGUUACGCAUCAGAGAUUUCAAUCCACACAUCGCUCGGAAUUAUCACGCCCAAGAUAAAUCAGGCUGGCGUGGUCGACUUGUGCAAGGCGAGUUGACUAGCGCCAUUUCUUGCCCAUUUACGGAACCACUAGGAUAUGCGUUGCCUUAUCGCGAGAUCGUUAGCGAGGAGUUGUUUGAUGUGGAUGAUACUUUGAUGGACGAAAGUAGAAUUUUGCUACUGAAAAAGGACGAAUUUGAAGAAUUGCAACAGAUCGACGUAUUGGUGUUCUGACUACUCAACGUCGACGCCUCGGGAGUCGGAGGCAUGGCCCUCACUCACCGCUUGUUUUCAAUCAUUGCAUCAGCCGCAUUCGCAUGGUUUUUUGACCGAGAUUGCGUAGCAACGUUACACGAGGGUACUCUGUACGUGAGACUAUGUGCAUCCCAUGCUUCUGGGCAACUUCUCGGCAUAAACCGUUCUACAUAAGUAGAUGAAGUGCUGCGCGAAGGAUCUGCUGAUGCGAUCUUGAUGUAUG